UUGUUUUUUUUUCGGCUAGGUAUUUAGAAAGUGACACUUGAUUUUAUUAAGUCUUUUGGCAAUUUGCCCUCUGAGAUAUUUCCCGAAAUUUUUCCAGUGGAAAAUUUUCUAAAUAAAACUACGACAAAAGCUUCAAAGUCCACAAUGUCAAUAAGUUUUGGUUGUACCCAUGUUCGGAACUUUGCUCACAUUUUCGAAAAUAAUUCACGUGAAUUGACCCGCAAUAGUUACUUAAAUUUUUUGCGCUAUUAUAAAGCCCAACAUUCCCAUUAUGGUUUAAAGCAGAUUUUACGCUAUGGCUCAAGGGCAUGGAGAAAUUUAGAAGCCGAUGAUAAGGAGUUGUUUACGCAAAAGAAUGUUUUGAGGUUGAGACCGCGGCGUCGUCGCGUUUCCACCUAUAGACGACCCAUUGGUGUACCUGGUGAUCCUUUUCGCAAAAGAAGAUUCUUGAAUGCCAAGCGCAAUGCCAGAGGAAGAAGCUCCAAAUUGAAACGGCCACGUUACAAUGCUAAAAAAUGAGAACUUGAAUUCUUUUGAAAAUCCUUUUUUUCUUUGUGAAAUAAACUCUCAAGCAUGUCGACAUCUCAUCAGGAUCUGAUCGACAUCUCAUUA